AUGCAAGGUCACAUGAGUGCAUUAACAGCAUUGGAACAGCCAGUAGAGACAUGGGAUCACCUAUUAAUAUACUUGAUUUCAGAGAAGACGGACAAGCAUACAAAGGCCUCAUGUGAGUCGUUGUCGACGCGAUCAGCCAAUAAACAGAAGAAUAACUCAGCAACGCUAGCACACGCUAGUGUAACAAAAGGAAGUUGCAUAUUAUGUGGAGAAACACACGCAUUGUUCGCGUGCAAGUCAUUUUUAGAAAUGCCGGUAAGCACCCGAAUAGAACAAGUAAAAACGAAAAAAGUAUGCCUGAAUUGCCUGAGGCCCGACCACAUAGCGAUAAAUUGUAAGUCGCAAAAAUGCCGCAAAUGCGGAAAGUCGCACAACACCCUAUUGCAUCUAGGAGAGGAUACGAAUGGCGAAAGGGCGAACGAAGAAGAAAAACGAACUCUUCAGAAACAAGGCGCUGGCGACGAAACAAAGGAAGUUGUAUCAACACAUGUUGCAACCAAAGAAUCAAUACAUCGUAUAUUACCCACAGCGAUUGUGGAAAUUGUCGGCAGAGCUGGACAAACACGCAAAUGCAAUAUGCUUUUGGAUUCGGGCUCACAAGCCAAUUUUAUGACUGCCAGCUUGUGCGCCAAGAUAGGGCUUCGCACUGCAAGGGUGAAUAUAUCCGUGUCUGAGAUAAAUCAAGUCGAAACUAAAGUUUUGGAAACCGCGAAGGCGAAAGUAAAAUCCAUGCACUGUGACUUUGAAGAGGAGCUGGUCUUCAUGGUAGUCCCUAAAAUUACUGCGCGUCUGCCUAACGAGCCAUUGAGAUUUCGGAGAGCAGAUAUACCUUCGGACAUCUCACUAGCAGACCCGGACUUCCACAAACCAAAGAGAAUCGAUCUAUUGAUCGGAGUCGAUUUGUUUUGGGACUUAAUCAGUGAUGAGCCAUCAGAACAUCCGUACUUACGCAAAACGAAGUUGGGAUACAUCAUUGCCGGAAAAUUACCAUCGAGAGACAAAGCGAGAAAGAACUUCCGUCAAAGCACAUUCUUUCUUCGGAGGAACAGGCGUGUGAGAUACAUUUUGCAAAAACCAUCAAGCGAAGCAACGACGGCAGAUUCAUCAGCCUACCUCAUCGUCAGCAUACCAUUCAAAGCACCAGUAGAUGAGUUAGGCGAAUCUCGAGAGAUAGCAGAACGGCGUCUCAAAUCAUUGGAACGAAGGCUACAAAGGGACGAGAAGAUGCGCGAACAAUACACAGCAUUUCUGCGCAAUUAUGAAGAACUUAGUCACAUGACCAGGGUUGUGGACGGUGAUCACACAAGCUCCGCUUGCUACCUAUCCCAUCACGGGGUGAUGAAAGAAAGCAGUCUCACAACAAAGUUGCGGGUCGUUUUUAACGCCUCCGCACCGACAUCUACUGGCGUAUCCAUUAACGAAUUACAAAUGGUUGGACCCACUAUUUAA